UCCAGCGAAACCGAAGUACGGACUGUUAAUCCGCUCGCGAGCACCAAGCCGGUCCCACGUAAAAGCGCUCAUACAUGAAGUAAUUUCAUUACGAACAAACUAGUCUCGAUUACGCGCUUUGAUCGGAUUUCAACGCCUCUCUCAUCACCGAUCUCAUUCAAAAUGUGUUAGACAUUUCUCGCAAAACUGCUCAUUUCUCGGUUUUAUUUUUGUGAAUUUGCGUGCUGUGAAAUGUUUGUUAUUUGCAUCGCCGCUGCUGUUUUGAGCACAGUGACUGCGGAUUCUUCCGGCAUCAAAAACCUCGCCGGCGAACCGGAUUAUAGACAAGUGCGGCUACAUUGGGAAGUCGACGAUGAUUCACAAAGCGAAUUUCAAGUCCGGUAUUGUGAACUCCAGACGUGGGGUGCACAGAGAUGUCGGACCCAAAUGGUGAAUGAGUCCGAGGAGAAUGAGGUGGACGAUCACGCGAAGGGCUAUAGCGUCGAAGUGAAAGGGCUCAGGAUGGCCACCACGUACUCGUUUGAGGUCAAAGAGCAGGGCGAACGGCAGGACAGGGCAGAGGGCGACGACAAGGACGAAAACAUCAUUGUGAUACCCACCAAAGGAUUUUCAGCGAAGGCGACGCAGUGCCUGCCCCACGCCAGCGAGAUCGAAGUAUCAACAGGUCCGUACUUCGGGGGGCGCAUAGCCGUGGAGGCGGCGGACGGGGAGCGGUGCGCCCUGGACGGGGAGGCGAGCAGCCCCCGGGACACCUACACCCUCCGCAUCAACCACACGGAGUGCGGCAGCCAAGUGAACGAGACCACGGUCGCGACUUUCGUUCUCGUGCAAGAGAACCUCCCGAUUUUGACGCACAGCACGCGGAGGUUCCUCGUACUGUGCUCGUACCAACCGGAAACGCUCACCGUACGUGCCGGAAUAAAUCUACCAACGGGACAUUCCGGUCGUGGCCAAGCACACAUGGCUCCGGUGCCGUACGAAGAAGACAACACGCUCGGCAGAAGAGGCCGCAAUUUCCGAACUGGGAGAUUACUGCAAAAACCUGAAGCGCUAGUAAAAGAGGAAACCGAAGCUUCGGAAAGUGUGUCCAGAACGAACGCCGUGCCCGUGAUUGUGAUAGCGAUGCUGUCAAUCGCUGGAGUUAUCGGAAUCAUCGCUAUAGCUAUAAAAAUCACCAACAAGAAGCUGCUUGAAGACCUAGACAACAUCUCUAUUGCUUCCGAGGUGACUACAAGCAGCUGCAGCACAUCACCAGACAGCGAAAUAUCUUGCCACAGUCAGCCCCGGUCCGUGAUACAUGUAUAACGUGAUCACCGAUUUAAUGAAACCUAGUACCAAGUGUGAUUACAAUUUAAUAAACUAAUUUAUAAUUUA